UCAAACACAACAGUUGUUUUGGCUUAAAAUACAGCAGCCUUUUCUUUUAAAGAGGAGUGCAAGAGCAGAAACUGCUUUUGUCAGUCUUGUCUGUGUUUUCCGCCAUGUUCGUUCGUUCGUUUUAUGGGGUAAGACUGUUUAUUAGAAAUCUUUCUUUUAACCACUGUCAUGAUUGUUUGUGUUCUCAGUUCAUUUUCCUGUAUUCAGCACCUGAUUGAGCCAGAUGGGCGGGGUAUUGUGACACACCUGUGCUGCAUUAGGAAGGCUCAAUAUUAAAGGAAGCCUGUCACCAUCUGCAAGUGUUGGACUAUUACAUGACAACCUGCUUGCUUACCGCUGCGUGCAUCAUCUCAAGUUCUACUUGCCAUUUACGGUUGUAUUCUUUGUUAUCACGUUGCUGUGCUAGUAUUUUUUGUUGGACUGCCAUCAUUUGUUUGAGGCCUUUUUCCAGCCCUUGUGCCUUCUCCUUCGUUUUCUCGCCGACUAGACUCGGGCGAGCUGCGGCACAGACAGGCUGCUCCUCUUCAUCGCUCUUCUUCAAGCAGCUUUUUCCUCCGAAGCAGCCCUCUUCUUCCGUCUUGACGUCUUCUUCCUCAUCCUGCGGCGCCACUGGAUGGAGAGCGGCGCCUGAAGAGAAGGGAGAGCGGUGGAGUUGCUUCAUCCAUCCUCCUCCUCCUCCUCCCGCUGCAGCAAACAGGAAAGUCCUGAUUGUCUGCUGCACCAUGUCCACACCUCCGAGUGGGGAUAUAUCAGGCUACCAUCUGAGUGUAGUGCGUAACCCGCCGGGCUGGGAGGCGGGCAUCUACCUGGUGGGCUUCGUGGUGCUCCUGGCCGUCGCGGGUAUGAACAUCUGGAAGCUGUGGAAGUCUGGUACCUUCCCAGCGCCAUCUCCCUUUCCCAACUUUGACUACAGAUAUCUGCAGGAAAAAUAUGGAACCUCCUUCUCAGAGGUCCGACAAAAGCGUGUGGCAGCCAACAACCACCGUCGGGCGUCAACCGCGUCUAGCCGCAAGCCCAGCCUGGCUCUGGGCGACACCCCGGAUGGCCUCAGGGAGCUGGGCCAGCUGGAGCUAAUGAGCCGUGAGCUGGACCUUAGCGGGGCGAACCAGCUCAACCGUUCCAUCUCCACCGACUCGCUCAGCUCCAUCUCGUCCAUCGCCAAUAAUUUCGGCUACGAUUUUACGGUGGGCCAGCUGGAAGUGACGCUGGAGUUCGAGACCUCAAGGCAUGCCGGCCAGGGGACACUGCACAUCACUGCACACCAGGGGAAGGACCUGCUGGAGAGGGAGGAGGGAGACUUCCCGGGAUGCUUUAUCAGGAUCUCACUGGGCCCGGAAGAGCUCAACGUGGGAAUAACCAAGGUACAGACCAACGCGUUUACCGUCAUUUUCGACGAGAGGUUCUCGGUGGCGAUGGAUGUGUGUGCCCUGGAGGAGUGCAGCCUCCGCUUCGCCGCCUUCGGCAUCGACAGCGACGAGAGGAACAUCAGCGCGGGCGUUGCUGAGCUCAAGUUGUCAGACUUGGAUCUUACAGUCAGAGCCUUCAACGCCUGGCUCUACCUCCAGGACGUCAACAAAGCGGUGGAUGCAGUCGGGGAGAUUUUGCUGUCUCUCAGCUACUUGCCCACAGCGGAGCGCCUCACAGUGGUUGUAGCCAAAUGUAAGAAUCUGCUGUGGACCAACGGCAAGAACACUGCAGACCCAUUCGUCAAAGUUUACCUCCUUCAAGACGGACGCAAGAUAAGCAAGAAGAAGACAUCCACCAAGCGGGACGACACCAACCCCAUUUUUAACGAGGCCAUGAUCUUCUCUGUACCCUCCCUCGUCCUGCAGGAGCUGUCCCUGCGUGUCACUGUGGCCGAGGCGUCGGACGACGGGCGGGGUGAGAACUUGGGCCACGUGAUUAUCGGCCCAGAGGCCGGCGGCAUGGGGAUCACUCACUGGAACCAAAUGCUGGCCACCCUGAGGAAACCCGUGUCCAUGUGGCACCCGCUGCGCAGGAUCUGACCUAAAGGAAAACCAAGACAAGAACUAAAUGGUGUAUAUUUUGUUGGCUUUAACUAGCGAUGAAAUAUAAGAAACACAUCUUUGUACGCUAGUGGUGAGCCAUGCAAGUGGUACCUUCAGUGGGGACUUGAUCUCUCUAGAUACCACCACUAUCGUAUUGCAAUACUUUACUAACGAUACCUCCUGAUGUCAAUCUUUUCCGGAAAGAUCAGGCUUGGAAAUCGAUAUUCUAUAAUGUAACCAUGAGAAAAUAAAAAUAUUUGACACCACCCAAAAAGCAGUUUAUUGCUUAAAAAUGCCAAAAAAAGAGACCAAAACACUCAAUCUAAAAGGUAUAAACAAACCUCAUGCAUCUACCAUGUACAAAGUCAUAUUCCAAAGUUAAAUUAUCUAGUUAAUUUAUUCAACACAAAGAAACCAUCAUUUGAGGCUCAUCAGUAAUAUAAGAUAGCAUACUAUAAACAUCUCACGAUGAUGGAAAACAUUAUAAAGUCAUAGUCUAAAAUACAUAUUAAAACCCAAGAUUCACUAAACCCAAUUCAAAGUCACCGUUUUAAAAAUAAUGUUAAAAUUGUUGUAUUUGACGAAAAAUAAUUGUUAAAAUACUUAAAAAGUAUGGGCAUUUUUUUUUU